GCAGGUUCUAGUGAGAGAGAGAGACCUAACCUAAGUCCAACCCCCUCAUUGGAAAAGAAAGAAACUAUGAUGAGAGGCACAGGCGGCCGCCGGCGCCGUCCGAAGGAGUCCUUCAACCCGGCGCCUACACCGACACCACUGGAACAUCUCCGCCAAUUUGGACGAGAUUCCGAUGCCAGUUUCGCCAGCAGCCGUCCCUCUUCCUCCGUCGGCAUUGGCCGCGCGGCCACCUUCGAGCUCUACAAGGAGCGCUCCAUCCAACAAUCUGCCAUCUCCACUAUCAACUCCUACGUCUCCUCUCAUUCCGCCCCACCCCUUAGAACCCCCUUGCCCUCCGCCAAAGAAAUCACCAACACCCUCCAUUUCCUUCUCUCUCGCCUCGACUUCCCUUCCUCCAAACUCGACGAAGACCUCCCCUUUUUUCUCAAAUCCCUCAAUUACCCAUUCAAAUUCAAUAAAUCCAUCCUCAAGUCACCUGGUACUCCGCACCAGUGGCCCGCUUUUCUCGCCUUGAUCCACUGGCUCGUCCAGAUUGCCCUCUUCAACGAUCAUCUCUCUACUUUCUCGCCUUCAUCGCCCGACAGAGACAACGAUGAGAUGAAGGCGUACGUCCUGGAGAGUUACUUGCAUUACAUACGCGGCGAUGACGAUGCAGUGGACGCUUUGGAUGGUAUUUUUGUGGAGAAAUUGGAGAGGAAGAAGGAGGAUUUGAGGGAGAAUGUCGGGGUUUUGGGCGCCAAUGUGGGGGAGUUGGAGGCGAAGGCGGAGGCCUUGCGGUCGGGGCCUUCUCAGAAGGAGGUGCUUGAGAAGGAAAAGAGGCUCUUGGAGGAAGACGUGAACAAGUUCCACACAAUAAUCUCGGAGUUCUCAGAUAGGAUGGCAGCGACGGAGAAGAUGUUGGAGGAGAAAGAGCGGGAAUUGGAGGCUAAGGUGGAGGAGAGGAAGAGGAUUUGUGAAGAGAAUGAAGAGUUGAAGAGGAGGGUAGACACGCAGACGAUGAAUGCAAGGGACGUGGAGAGGAUGAGGAGGGAGUUGCAGGCCCUGGAGAGGGAUGUUGGUGAGGUGGAGCUGGCCCGGAACACGUGGGACGAGAAGUCCUGGGAUCUUGAUGCCACGCUCGGCCACAAGUUUAAGGAGCUUGAGGCGCUUGCCAUUGAAUGCAACCAGGCUAUGAGGAGGUUAAAGCUUAGUAAUGAUUUUCAGUACGUCUUGAAUGCCAAAGGGUCUACACCUUCUGAAAUAAUGGGUAUUGAUUACAAAUCAAAACUAAAGCCUGCACUUGAUUCCCAUGCCGAUGACAUACAGAAGAGUUCUAUGGCAAAAUUGGAAGAAUUGAUUUUCCUUCAGCAACAUUCUAAGGAAAAUGUGGCUAAGAUUGAAGGAAAAAGAAGCCAUAUAGUGGCACUUCAGUCCCGCAUUGAUGAAUUGGAAGCUCAACUGAACCUGCUGAAGAAAGAAAUAGAGGACUACACUUAUAGAUGCGCAGCAGAAGCUAAGAAGAUGAUGGAAGAAGUUCAAAGCGAGACUCAUAACCUAGAUGUUGUGGACAGAGAAGCGGCAGAGGUUCUGAAGACCUCCGAGCUGAGGUUGCAAGACGCAAUCAGACAAAGUGAAGAAGACAUUCAGAUGCAUGCUUAUGAACUAUUUAGAUUGGUUGAUUCAGUCUCAAGAUACAAAGAAUAUGUGGAGUCCAAAAUUUCAGAAAUGAAGAGCAAUCUGGCAGAAGCUGCUGUUACUAUAUCGGAUGCUUACAAGGGCUCCUUACCUGCGCAAUUUGCAAGUGUGUUGAAUGCAAAUCGAAGUUGAGAAAAACAAUGUGUGCAGCAACUUCAACUUCCACUUUGUUGCUGCUUACUGCCUUAAAUUUUAUAACUGGUGUAAAUGUUGUAAGUCUGAAUUAAAUCUGUUUGUUAGAAAACUGUGAUUUCAAACUGAUGUUGUACAUAAUAGUAAGACAGAGACUACCUGGUUUUUCUU